UUUUGGGUCCCCUAUGCAGGUUCGGGUACAAGGCAGUCGCGUCGAGCGUCAUGAAAGUCUCGCCGUCGCCCGUCGCCCAAAACGUCGCUCUCAUCAAAUGUGGUGGUGUCCAGUGUAGAAGCCCGGCCCUUCCUGGCAGGAGCUACAAAUGUUCGAAGGUCCGCGCGGGUUUCUUGGAUCUGCGCUGCGCCCCGCUGGCGGCGCCUCUGGCGCCCCCCCUGGUGCGCGCCAGGGAUGGGGGAUCCGGCGCGGAUCCAAGAAGUCCGCGCGGAGCAUCGACAGAUUCUGUCACUGCCGUUUUUGUUCUUCCUCGAAGGCAGCGGCUACGAGCCUGUCAGUGCUGAGGCCGAUGCGUCCUCGGGGUCCCCCGCGUCCUCGCUCGACGACGUGGACUUCGACUUCUCGUCGCCCGAGCUCAGCGAGGAGGAGGCCCUGGUCAUCGAGCACGGCACCCAGGUCCUGAUCGGCAUGAUCGACGCCUUCCUGCACCGCAAGAACGCCACCAAGAAGGAGCUAGAGUGCCUCGUCACGAACCUGGAGGGGGUCGCGUACAAGGGCUACUCGAAGUCCUCGCACGUCGCGGCCGUGUACCAGGGCCUCAACGGGCGGAGCGUGGCCGGCGUGGGGAUGCAGCUGCCGAACUGGCCUUCUGCCUCAACGGCCUCCUCGGCUUGCCGAUGGCCGCGGUCAAGAGGUGCACGAGCCCGGGCGCGGUGCAGGCGCUCGGCGUCGCGGCGGCCCACCUGUCGAACCUGACGUACGUCGCGGGCCGCGUGACGGCGAGCGGCGCGGAUAUCCUGAACGAGCUCGCGGAUGCGGUGGCGGCCCUGCGGGACGGCUCCUACCCGCUGUUUGGCCAGCACCUGGGCAAGGCCGGCAGGAAGGCGCUGCUGUCGAACGACUCCGCGUCCGAACUCCCAGAGGGCAAGCCCACGGAAGAGCAGAUCGUCAACGUCUCCGCGGGGAUCAUCCAGGGCUUCUUCGGCGAGGGCUUCGAGAUGGACAUCACGUCCGAACAUAAGGUCUCAACCUUCCCUUUUAAGAAAAUGAUGAAGUACUUCCAGGGCAAGAUGCGAAAUGGCACCUCUGAGGGUCAGCCAGCCAUGGAUCCCAUAGAGCAGCAGCUAGACGGUGGAUUUCACAUCCACAUCGACUUGCACACGUGCGUUCACAAGAACCUGGACUUCUUCCAAUCGGCGCUGUUCGGUGCCUGGUACAUCUUCGCGCGAUCCACCACCAACCUCAUGCAUGUUACGCAGGUGCCGGUCCUGCUCUCCUCCGUGAUGCGCGAGCUGCCCCAGGCUCUCGAGAGGUGCGGUGUCUCCCAAGACCAGGUCCGCAUGCUCGAGGACUCGGUUCUGUCCCUCCAGCGGGUUUACGUCAACGUCGAGACGCCGGACGUGAGCGCGGGCUACAACGAAACCAUUAAGGCGCUGCACCAGGCCGCGCAACACUGGGACGACCUGAGCUGGUUCGAGUUCGGGGAGGACCUCGGAGGCCUGCUGCUGGAGUUUGUGCUGGACGGCUUUCCCGAGCUGUACUCCGUGGGGCCCACUGGGCGCCUGCUGAAGCUAGAGGAGCAGAUCACGGCAUAAGCACAGACUCGGAGCUCCGCACGCAUUUUUUGGAUCUGCGCCGGACCCCCUUGGCGGUGCCGCAAGCGCCGCCCCUGGCGCGCUCCGGUGUCCAGCGCUGGUCCAGGGUAUCCGCGCGGACCUCCGAAAACUUGCGUUGAUUCAGCGGGCGAAGAACGUAUAUCAGAAAGUUUUCCGUCGUUGGGGACGCCUGCGCCCCGGACGGCUGGGAAGUUUAUACCCUUACGUGGUACAAACUUUGCAGCCGCCCGUCCCCGACGGCGGAAACGUUCGGUCUGACCGAGGUAUCAGUUGGAG